GUCUCUAUGGUCUGGUUUUUACCCGGAAAAAUAAAACUGUUAAAAGAAACAGGUUUCUCUGCUUUAGAAAGUAAGAUCUAUUCAAGCUGAACGGCAUGGCUAUACAAUUCAGAGCAAAAGUGAAUGUUCAUUCAAAGAAGAGAGUGAGCAUGAGUUAUGUUGUGUUGAGCACAAUUUUAUCCACGUACCAGUUUGGGAGUUUGAACGGUCUCAGUGAAUAAAGCAUUCAUGAGGUGUUGUAUGUGUGAAGUGUCGCACUUUUAGCCUUGAGGUGCACAUUUCAUUAUCUGUUCACAGUCAGAGUCUGGAGCGUUGUCUGUUGUAAGAAAUGGAGCCUGAAUCUUCGGGAUGCUAUUCUCUGGAUUGUGGAGGAGCUCUGGGAAAGUCCAAAGACUGUAAAAUGAGGAGGAGUUUUGAGGGCAUAAAAAGUCGCUUUCUGGAAGAUGCAAAUUGUGAACUCCUUAACAAAAGCCUCCAGAGGAGCAUCUCCAUAAGAACCACCAGUACAAUAGAGGAGGAGGGGGAUAAUCAUACAAACAGACACUUUAAUCGCAGUAGUUUCAAGAACCAUAGCAAAACAUUUUGCAAACAUUUCCCGGAUAUCUCUGAGACGGACGAUUUAAUUCAUGCUUUCACCUGUGCCCUCCAAAAGGAAGUGCUCUACCACGGCAAGAUGUACGUGUCCUACCAGCAUGUGUGUUUCUACUCCUCUGUUCUACUGAAAGAGACCAAGGUCCAGAUAGAUGUGUCUGACAUCCAGAUUAUAAAGAAGAAGAACACAGCACGGGUUGUACCCAACGCAGUCUCCAUCAUCACCAACAAUGGUGACAAAUACCUGUUUGGAUCGCUACACAGUCGAGACGUGUGUUUCAAGGUCCUGAAGUCUAUAUGUCCACAGCUACAGUAUGUAAGAGCCAAUGGAAGCCCUCAAAUGUCUUCUGCAGAAAACGUCCAUGAAAUGGAAGGCGACACAAUUUCCAGUCACUCCAGUCAGGAGGACAGUACAGACCCUCACAGAUCCUCCGAUCCAGGGCAGGACAGGAAGACUGUCCGCAGUGUUCCUUUAUUAUCGUCAGAAUCCAACCCUUCCCAUGUUGAAGCAAGAAACAACUCUGCAUUAUGGAACAACACCAACAGAGAUAGCGGUUCAGAACAGAACACAGGCGUCUCCUGGGUGUCCGUGGUAACAGAGAAGAUCAUAUAUUUCCUCUCCUUCGGAGGCACAACCAGCAUCAACAGACUCAUCACUGUCUAUCUCAUACUAGCUCUGCUCCUGCUCCUGUCAUCCGGCUAUAUUGGUCUGCGUAUUGCAGCUUUGGAAGAGCAGCUAAGCGCAUUGGGAUCAGCGACUGAGCUCGGCGUACAGAGAUCGUAUAAGGAAACAUAACACCUUGCAUACAUGAAGAACCUGAAAGACCCUGAAGGUGUCAAAACAAGGAACUUCUCGUCUCUUAACAUGCAGCACAACAUGAGUCUUCUCUGCCACAGUGAACUGAUCGAGAAUCAAUCUGAAGCCAGCAGACUAUAUUCCCAGCAGGUCUGCUUAGAUUCAGGCUCCAGCCGUGUCCCAAAUAGUGCACCUCAUUUGUCUGGGUGAUGUAACUGAAUGGAGAAUUAACUCUUUCAUGCAUGGCAUCCAACCUCAGGUACAGCUGAAUUCAAAGAUUAAAGGUGUUAAGAUUAAAUAUAAAAAAGAUUAUAUAUAUUAUAAAUAAAUAGAAAUAGAAAUAAAGUCAGAGUCAUUAGAUGGAUUAAGCUUUAAAAUAAACAUUAUUGUGAUCAGGGUUGCCAGGUUUGUUUUUUAUUCUUUCUUUAUUACAAUACAUUUGGAAAAAGGUUACGGUAAACAAAGGGUGUGUGUUAGUUUAGACAAUUUCAUUUCAGUGUGCAAGUUAUAUGUGGAUUAUGAUCAUACCAACAAACAUACUGCAAGUCAGAAAAACACACCACAGUGCACUUGUUUCCCCAGACAAAUAAAAACAAAUGGCCAUAAUUUCAGUACAUUAAAUGUAGUUUGUCUGGUUAUUUUGCUGAGACAUGGCAACCCUUAUCUAGAUACAUACCACCAAACUUUCUAUCCAGGACACAUUGAUUAUACUUCUUUAAAACCAGUUGUCCACAUACAUGGACAUGUCCUGGAUAUAAUUGCACUUUUUCAUUAAAAAAGUUUUAGACUUCGAAUAAAAAUGACUCUAAAACAUAUGCAGUUUAUUAAUGUCUUGAUAGUCAGACCACAGUGGUCUAUACAAUAAAAAUACAUAAAAAAGUUAAUUUAUUGUUAGUAGUACAUUAUUAUUUAAACUUAUUAUUUAAACUUAGAAUUUAUGCAUGAAAGGGUUAAUGCAUGGGACAUGCAGAUCUACUACAUAGGAUACCAGACGUCCCUCAGCCUAGCUCUCAUUAUUCUUUUAAUGUUUUUUUUUUUUUUUUUUGGAAUGGUUUUUUUUUUCUUUUGUUUUUGCACUCAAAGUUAAAAUUUUAUAAACAGAAUUAAUCUAAUGCAUCAUUAUCUGCUUUCAUUUCCAUAAGCUUUUUUUUCUCUUUGCUGUGCUGUGCAUAGAAACAUAGCUUUCAUAGUGAACACAUCAUCUGCAAAACCACUUUUUCAAUAUUUGGCUUCUUUCUUUCCUCUAAGAAACAAAAACUUCUGAUAUUGAUUUCUUUCUGUCUUAUCAGCAGGCACUUAAUUGUUAGUUAAUUUAAUGUUUGUGCUUAGUUCUUCCAGCUUAUUAAUGUGGUACAUUGAGCUAAGUGUAUCUUUAAUUUCCACAGAAUUAUAUUUGAACUAUGUCAUGAAAUGAUUAAAUAAAAAUCUCUAUAUUUUUUCUUUAAAAAGUGUGAAUUUAUCAGACCUUGAAGUGCCAUUGAAGUACAUGCAUGAGAAUGUUUUAGAUUAGAUUUAGAAAGUAAAAGGUUUAUUUCCGGAACAUUAUUUAAAUACAAUUUUGUACAUUUAUUAGGAGCACAGAGCUUCGUUGUUGCUUAAUUAUACACUGGCAGAACACACAUUAAAUCCAAGC